AUAUUUUUUUGUGAUAAAUUUUAGCCAGUUCACACGCGGGCCGACCGGUGUCGAGCUAUAGUUAAUACUUUAGAUUUUAAGAAUAGCUGGUAUUGUUUUUCUGAGGGGGAGUUUAAUUGUUACUCGUUGGUUAAGAUGUUUAUUUUGUCAAUUAUAUAGAGUGUUUUCUCGCACAUUUCAAAUCACUGUGAAUCACAAAAUCAAUCAUAAUAAAAGAAAAAUAUAGUAAGAAUUCCUUGCUGCUUUUUGUAGUGUUUUGUGGUUUACUAACACUCUCCUUUUGGGGCCUUCCUUUUCAUAACGCUUUGCCAUCCUAAUAUAGUUUUUGCAAUUGCUGUUAACAGGCAUCGACGGCGAGCAGCUUGGACUGGUUGUGACCGAGUGCUAUUCGCUUCUCGCCAGUGCCGGUCACGAUCAGGACGAGAAUGGUGGUGCGCGCCUCAGCAAGCUGUCACCGGACCAAGUGGAUGCGGAAGCUGUCCAAGAGCCCUACCGUCGGGAAGAGCACAAUUGUGCGGACGAAGACUGUCGUGGCUCAGAUGUCAAAGACCACGCAAUAGAAGAGCACAGCCAAACUCCUGGUUGUGACACCGUGACCAACGAUGAGCGUGGGGUCCCGCAGGACCGCAGUAGGGCGCCCAGCGCCCGCAGUUCCGUACUCUACUCGUGCAGCGAGUGUGCCAGGAAGUUCUCCACCGUCUCUGCCAUGGAGAAACACCUGCGUGAACACAACAAGGAUGGUUUGCUGUGCAAAGUUUGCGGUAAAUCGUGGACUGUGAGAUGGAAGCUGAAUCGCCAUAUGAGAAACCACACUGGCGAGAGGCCCUUCAAAUGUAUAGUGUGCAUGAAGCGUUUCAACGACGUGGCGGCCCUGAAAAGGCACAUGCGUUCGCACGGCUCGUUUCGACCAUUUUCCUGCAAUCGCUGCAAAGAAUGCUUUCAGUCAAAGACCCAGCUUGUUGAACAUAGCAAGAGGCACGCAGUUAAAACGCCAUACCAUUGUGCCACUUGUGAUAAGUGUUUUAGGAGAAGGUGCAGUUUAGUUAUUCACUUGAGGACACACACAGGUGAAAAACCAUACCGAUGUGAUACAUGUGACAAAGGUUUCGCAAGGAAAGAUCGUCUCGUCGUUCACCAGAGGAUACACACAGGGGAUAAACCAUAUCGGUGUGACACAUGUGAGAAAUGUUUUAAAAGUAAGGAAAACCUGACCUUUCACAGAAAGACACACACAGUUGACACACCAAACCGGUGUGAUGAUGACACAUCUUGUAAAAAAGGUUUCAGUAGGAGUGAUUGUCUUAUCAAUCACCAAAAGACACACACAGGGGCAAAAUCAUACCGAUGUUUUACCUGUGAUGUGUUUUUCACGAAGGAAGACUGGCUUGCUCACAUGAGGACUCACGCAAAUGCAAAACCAAAUCGAUGUGAUUUAUGCGGAAAGUGUUAUGCAACUAAAAAUGGUCUUGCCAUUCACUUGAGGAAACACACUGGUGAAAGGCCUUAUCAGUGUGAUACGUGCGAAAAAUCUUUCUUUGCCAGAGGUACUCUUGUUAUUCACAUCAGGACACACACAGGAGAGAAACCAUAUAAUUGUGAAGUUUGUAAGAGGAGUUUUUCGGACCCGAGCUCCUUCAGGAAACACGUUAAGAAGCACAUUACUAAAUAAUCCAUGUAAUCGAUCCGACACGUGUAAAUCUAGUCGUACAUGUAAGCUCUCAUCUACGCAACCACGAUGGUAUGCACUUAUCGUGCGUUAAGAAAACAUUUUCAUUGUAAUUCUGAGCCUAUGACAAGUCAGUUCUGUUUUCUAAAUAGGUGAAAUGUAAUAUUUGUGUUUGUUUAAUAAAAUUGUAUUAUCUGCACUACUGUGCAGCUAUAGAAGGUUUUUUUUCAGGUCCAAAGGACCGUGCCACACUUUCAGUCAGUAUUUUUCCAAAGUUACAACUAGAGCUAAUUUACCCCCUCCUGGAAUUAAACGCGGUACGCUGCGGCUCUGGUUCUUUUUCAAUGGACGGUGAUGAGGUAUGUGUAAUUUGCUAUCUCUGUGCAUUGAAUUCUAGAGGCACGUAAUUAUUCCCAUGAUAAGUACAUCGUUUGCAGCUUAUUUUCCAGUAUGUAUGUUAUAUCUCAACUUUCUUUAGCGGUGCAGUAAGCGGGCAAGCGAACGCGAAUCAUGCUUUUCUUCUGUAAACUUUCCCAAGUCUUUUCUAGGACCAAGGAGAAGGCUGCGCGUUGUGUCGUGUUCUCCAGCAGAGCGGCGCACUGGCGCCUCGUGCCAAGAUUUCGCAUGCGGCUGCGCAGCCAAGCAGUCAGACGGUGGAGCAGGGCGCGGCGGGGGCGCGGCGGGGGCGCGCAAGUGAAACUCGCCAUCCGCCGUCCCGAACGUCAGCACGGCGCCGGAAAAUAUAAGCGGCCGGACAAGUCGAGUGCGAAACGCCCAGCAGCAGCCUGAGCGACAUGUGAGCGGCGCACGUUGUGCCGCGACCGCUGCCCUAAUGGCGCGUGAAACUCGCCCUCCCCCUCCUGGAGCGCGACCCCUCUCUAACCGGGCUGCCGCGACGGACGUUGGGGGCAAAACUAACGAAAUCUCAGUCUUUUGGGUUUAGUGCCAAACCAGCACGCCAGCCACAG